AUGUCUCCUUUUGCUGAUGAAGCCUCCAAUCACACGGCAGCGGCGAUGAGUCCGUCUUCACAUGCUGCGGCGACGGAGACGGCGCAGCCGACGCCCCAGGCAGCCAGCAAGCCAAAAGGGAAGAAGAGAGCGGCUCCGCAAGCGCCGGUCCCUUCCACUGCCGCGGCGAGUCCAGCAAUGUCGGUCGGGCGAGUCCAGGGACACACCGCGGCGAAUCCAACGAUGCCUCCAGCAUCGCCGAUGCAUCCUCAACUUCAUCGAAACCACCACCUGCAAGACCACAAUCCGCAUCAAGCUGUCGCGACAUCCCUGGCAGACCUCAGCAACGAAAGUAUUGCUAGCGCUGCCACCACAGCAUCCAGCAAGCGACCGAAGGUGAAGGCUCAAAAGGUAAAUUGCGUCAAGUGCAAGACGGCAAAGAGCCGAUGCGACCGUAGCCAUGCUGCCGCCAACACCGCGGCUUGUGUCAGAUGCGUUGCUCUUGGUCACAGGUGCUCUUUCGAGACGGAUCAAGAGCACAUCAUUAGGAAAGAAAGGGAGGCAAAGGAGCGCGCUGGAGCACAGGAAGAAGAAGCCCGCCAGGCCGGUUCCCCUCACAACAGACCGACUGCAUCCGCUCUUUCACCCGCGCGUGCCAAUCCUGCUCACCCCUGGCUGCACGUGGCGCCGAACGGCGAAAUCAUUCAGGGUGCCAGCUCGGCUGCUUUUGGCUUUCCGUCUGCUUCUAUCAUCCCUCAAGGCGGUCCUCCGAUAUGUGGGGAAAGAAUCGAGCAGGUGCUAGCCUCGCUUCCAGUGGUGCAGGCAGAGCUCCCUCUUCACCAUCAAUCAUGGCCAACUCUGGUGCAAGGUCGUUGCAGCCGCUACAAGCUUCUAUGGCCAGCAUCGAGUCUGGCGUUGAUGCUCGGUCGAGACGCCCGCAUACAUGAAGCAAUCUUCCAACCUUUCGACUCUCUGAGUGCCAUUCGCGCUAUAUCUGGCCUAUCGGAGCAGCACCAAGCCGAGGCUGAGCCCAAAUGCAGCGCGCCUGCUUGGCUGCCGCCCGAUGCGUGGAGUCCGCCGCAGAUGACGACGCAGCCGAGCACACCUUCCGCACCGAUUCCACUCAUGAUCAAUCGCACCCAGGCGUUUCGUAGCAUGUUCAUUGACUGGUAAGUUCAGAACGCACGUGGCCAUGACAUGGAACCUUUGCACUCUAACAUCUCGCGAAGCACCCUCCGCAAGCUUUUCUGAAGCGUAUGGUCACCUCAUGCCCUGCGUCAGCGUCAACAAUCUCUUGAGAAACAGUUCUGCAGGCACACUCGCAGAUAACGCCGUGAUGCUACACAUGCUCCAGCAACACGCAACCAGCCCUUUCCCCUCUGAGCUGAUCUAUGGCGCCGCACCGAACGAGAAGAACAUCGAUAAUCUAAUCAGGGAGCUGCGGCGUGAUGUCGACUGGGCCGUUUCCCUCGCACUGACAGCAGAAGCAUCGUCAGGCUUAGACUUUGAGACGAUAUUUGGCUUGCUAUUUGUCGCCACCUUUCUGCUCUGGCCAAGAGACUGGUCUUCCAAGGACGAUCGGCCGCUUUUUCACUUCAUUCCCGACGAUGGAUUCCUCGAGCAGAAACCAGAAUUCAGCCCUAGAAGGCUCGUUAGGUCCGCAAGGACAGGCGCGAUCUUGGCAUCCGCGUACGACAUGGCAUGUGACAGGCUGGUCAGGGAAGGUAUCGAAGCGGACCUGGGUGGUUUGGAUAUGAUGAUGCUAGUGAGUGCGGAUGCGAAGAUGCUGUGCAGCUGGGUAGCUAAUCCUCGGUCACCUUGCACGCUCGACGAAAAGUGGUCCGAGCUCGCCCGCAGCGAAGCUGCUCUGGAUAUUAUCUCGCCCACACAUCCCAGCCAGCGCAUGCACUCUCCACCGCCUCCAAUCUCUGGAUCGGCAGAGAUCGUCGCUUCAUGUCUCGACAAGAUGGUGGCCGCUUCCUCUGCGCAACAGACAGUCCAGCCUUCGACGCAAGGUGCAAAGCAGGAAAGGAUCGGGGCAGAUCGACGCCAGAUGCCGGACGCGGAGCGAAGCCUAGCGCUUCAAAGGUGCUCUCUCUUUCUGCGACGAUGCGCCAUGUGGGAUUCCGUCGUCGUAUGCGUGCGCACGAUGCACUUGCUUCUGGCAAACGUCGGGACCACCUCAUCCAUAUCCGACAGCGCCAUGUUCGAUGCCUGUGUCAAAGAACUUGAGGAUUGGAUUGGCGUGUGGAACAGCCAGCUUCGAGGGUUGAGGCAACCAUGUCGGCCCAAGCUGCGUACUUUGGAAUCAUUAGUUGAGUUAGCACUGUUGGAAGCGACCAAUCUGCGCGCUCAGGUUCUGCUAUUGCGAUAUGCAAUCGAAAGCCGCGCCUGGCCCUGGCCGCUAGGAACAGACUCUGCCGCACUAUUGGAGAGAGGCCACAUCGGCUCGAACGCUGGGCUUGCAGCACCUCAACACGGCUCCCUACACGUGCACGAUCACUUCAAUCGAGAAAACGCUUCGCCUUUACACGCUGAUCAUAGUCGACAGAUUUCUCCUCUUCCUGUCCACGUACACAUGGCCAACGAGGCUCGACGUGUGUUGCUAGCUUGCCGAGAUGUUCUCGCCCGCGUCAGCACCUCGACCUUCCAGGAAAGUGCGAUGGCCUUGUGUGUGCCAUCUCCAACCGAGUUUCUGCCGCUGCUUUCCUCUGCCGCUUUGGUCGUGUUGGAAGCUGACGCCUUCCGUUACGCAGCACGUGCCAAACAAGGUCAUCAAUUCGCCAAAUGCAAGCCCGACGUGUCGUCAAUCGCCCAUUCGAACACCGAGUGGGCACAUCCGCUUGGCCAAGUAGACAUCGCCCUACUCAAGAGCGUCAUAGCUAGGUUGCGUGGGAGCGAGCUCGACGUACAGGACUGGAAGAGAGCGCCUUCCAAGAACUUCGGCCUCCCCUCGAUGUUCAGUCGAGCCGGGCUCGCGACUCUCUCUCGUACACAAUUGUACUUCGCAUUUGCUCUUGAGCGCACCGUCGAUGCGUACGACCAGCGGUCUGCUGAACAUCGCAUUCCUGGCUUCAUACCUGCACCGCUUUGGCCAAGUCGGACAUGGAUCGAUCACAAUCCAUUCCGCGCUGCCGCGGUCUCUGCAACACCUCAAGGCGCAAGCUUCGCAAACGCGCAACAGCAGCAUGUGAAUCCGGUCCUGGUCCACAACGCUAUGCAUGGUAUGGCAGGAGACCUAGGCAGCGCCUCCGUGAUGAUGUCUUCACCACCGGCGAGCGCCCAUCCUGCGUCUCUUUCAGCAUCUCAAUCGUCUCCUCCUUUGCCGCCCAUGCCGAAGAGUGCGCCAAGUCAUGUGCACUCGCACGCGCAAUCCCUUCGAGAACAGCAGCUCCAAUCUCUAUCCUUGUUACCGCACGGCACCAAGGAGAUGAUCGAAAUUGCCGAGCAUCUUGCCAGUCUGCUCUCCGACUUUUGA